AUGAUUAGGGUUUUAGCUGAUGAUAUUUCCAAAACAUCAGGUAGACCCACGCGUAGUCAACUUGCUGAUGUUGCUUCAAAAAUAGUAUCGGAAUACCCUAAAAGUUUCCAAGACAAUCUGGAUGAUGCCAUAGUUGGUACUGGCUAUAAUUCUAUUUUAACACAACUAGAACACAGAUUUCAGAACAUUAACAGGACUGUCAAACCUACAAAGAGGCCCAACAGUCCAAACAGUCUUGAUUCUAAUAAGUCAAAAAAACGUAAGAGAGGAGCUUCUACUUCAUCCUAUGGCUCAAUUGCAAAGGAGUACCAACCUGAAUUGCCAGAAGAAGAAGAUGAGUCAACUCAGGAUUUAAAGAAAGAAGCUCUGAAGGAUAUCUAUUCAAGUAGAGUUUGGAAUUUAGAUGAUUUAAAGGGUUAUCUUGAUGAAACAUACCCAACAGUGAGGCUUCUGAUAAAUGAGGGCUCUCAGUCUAUUACAACACUGAAGAAGGAGUGGCCAUUUCUUUUUGAGAAAGUUGGAAUGCUUCAUCAUUUUGAAAGACUAGUUGGAAUUGAAGUGCAAGAAACACUUACAGCAGCCUUGGUUUCCAAACUUCCAAGAAUAAUGCAGUUCAUGAAUGCCAAACAGACUACCAGCAAACCACUCAGGAAAAUCCUGAAAGAAAUUGAGGCAGCCAAACGUGAAGACGAUACCAAUAACCCUGAUAUUAUUGGGCUUUUGUUAUUAUUGGCAACAUUUUUUGGGGAGGACACCAGAGAUUUCAUCCAUGUUGAAGAGGAGACAAGCCUAGAAGCUGACAUUGAUAAGGAUACUCUCCCAGUCACCCCUUGUAUAAUAGCGCUUGGUACAUCAGCAGUGACAUCUAAAUGCUUCAUGCUCGUCAUCGACAGGGAGAUACUAAGUAAAUUGUAA